AUGGCGGCGGUGAGGGUUGAAGAGGAUAGGGACACUGCGGCUCCGACUGAGACCGGAGGAGUGUCCGAGGCUCAGGCCGGGAGAUCGGGAGAGGCCUAUCCGGAGUUUAAUAGGAAAUGCAUCUUUUGUAGAAUCGGGAACAGAGAGGAGUCGGUGGAUCUGCUGCAUUGGGAUGACCAGUUUGCUUGCUUUAGGGACAUUCGACCUGGUGCGCCCCAUCAUUAUCUCGUUGUACCAAGAAAACACAUUGCAAAUUGCAAAUCUCUGAAGAAGGAGCAUAUAUCAGUAGUUCAAAAGAUGGUGAACAUCGGAAAAAAUGCACUUCAACAAAAUGGUAUUGAUGAUCUGGCAGAUGUAAGGCUGGGCUUUCACUUGCCCCCAUUCUGUACAAUAACUCAUUUGCACUUGCAUGUACUGGCUCCAGCCAGUCAGAUGGGAUUUAUAUCAAGAAUGGUUUACCGAGUUAAUUCCUACUGGUUUAUUACAGUUGAUCAGUUGAUUGAAAAUCUAAAAUCUCUUCCGGAUGAGUGAAUGAUGGUAGCUGCUACAUUCAUACAGUUAAGUACUACUGCAGAUACUUCCAGAAAACAUCAAGACUGAAGUUACUGUUUGAAUUAGAUUUAAUCAACAAGAACUAAUUUGUUCCCAUCAGAAUUGAACAAGAAAUCCAUUUCGUGGGUUUCUGAUUUUUUCAAAUUCAUAACUUUUCAUUUGGGAAGUAAAGAUCUACACCUGUUCUAUAAACUGUUUAACAAAGACUAUGAAAUUUACAUGCGUGUAAGUCAAAGAUAAUGGUUUGUUAAACUUGCCAGAAUGCAGUUAUUGGCACACAAUUGGUAAGGUUCGCUGGAUCUAAAAUUGGAAAGACUGAAGAACUUUAAUUACAUAAUGUUCUUAUGUAUGUUUUGUCUGAAAUACCAUUAGAAAUAUUUAAUUACAUCAACAUUAAAGUAAGACAUCUUACUAUGUGUGUAAAUAUGCUCCAUGUGCAAUAAAAUAUCUUGUAUCUGGAAGGUUGUUUGUAAUUACUCAUGCUUUAGUAUAGAUUAGGAUUUUUGGAUAUUAUAACAAAUUGAUGUUCUCAAUUAAUGGAACGAAUAUGAGGACACUAAAUCAUUUUUGAAUGUAAUUCAGAAAAUGUAUAAUGUGUUCUUACAGAUGGAUCAUAAAAAUGAGUCACUCUUGUAUUGAAUUGCUUGUUCUAACAUAACGGCUGUUAUAGAUUCCAUUAACUUGAAUAUUAAUCAAAAUAGAAUCAUUAUACAAUUGAUAUCCAAGAGAAUAAUCCAAGCCAUUGCUUAUAAGUGCAUAACAGUUUGAAUUAAAUGUGUUCUUUGUGCCAUGCCCACCUGAUGCUCUUAUAUUGCAGCACUCACUGACUUACCGUACUGCAUUUUCUGAAGUGUGUUAACAGUGAAAUCUGAUUUACAGCUCAGAACUAUGAGAUGUUGGCACCUCCUAAAAUGCUGGAAAUUCCAUUUUGUGUUUUAUCUUUAAUGUCUUAAACACUGGCAACCAACAAUUCUUUAAGAAUUAGUGUGUUGCAUUGGGUGUCUGUGGAUAGUGAAACAUGGGAGGCCAGCCUGGGUAACAUUUGCAUUUUUUGGGCAGUGUAACAUAAAAGCAGUGUGCAAAUAAAACAUUGAGCUGCAACCUGAAAACCAAAA